AUGGAAAACGCCGCGGUCGGCUCUAGCUCAGCCCAAGUGGAAGGUACACCGAUACCGAUUGUCUCAGGGAGGGCUUCCAAAAUCCCUCCCAUCUACGAACGUCCAACAACCAGCAACAUUUCAGUUGAGGAAGGAGGUGUUAUUAACGUAUCAAAAUCAUGCAACCGUCAGCAGCUUCCGUCAUCUGUUACUCGUGGCGUGAGAUCGCGGCCACUGGGAGAUGCCACCUCGAUGAAGGUGGAUACAGUUCCUCUGCUAAGCCCGACGAUGGAGUCCGAGCUUUUGAAGGAGCCCUGGGUAUUCCCGCGCACAAAGGCAAAUCUUACGAAAGAAGAGGACCCCGUGGCACUUUCCGCCUGGGAAGAGGACUUUCAGGAUCUGAGCAGUUGGUGCAUGGAUACGUUCCAGGGUCAAUGCGAUUUUCAUAUAGGUGAAUCGGCUACGUUUAAACUAUCAGAUACGAAAUACGAGGGUAACGGCGUUUCGAUUGCAAAAGAGGAAGAGUUGUUAAAGGAUUUGACGAAAACGACUGAUGAGAAGUUGGAUUUGAAGAUGGAUACCGUUAAGACGACUAAAGAAUCAAAUGACAACCGUCAUUUGCUGCUAUCUCCAUCGGAACUUGUUAACGAAUGCGGAUUAGGAUAUAAUAAUGAGGAGAAGAAUACAUUCAGCUCAGACAUUAAGCAGUGGUUAAUGUCACCAAAAUCUAUAGCUUCUAAGAGCACUUCGCCGAGUAAACAGUAUGAUGCAGAUGUUAGCGCGCCACUCCAAUCCAAGAGUCAUGAUUUGGGUUACGCUUGCCCGACGUCACUUAACACCGUCGCAAAUCAGCGCGAAACAUGGGAUGAAUUACGCACGAUCGAGACUACUGGAUCGGGUACUUUCGACUUAUUGUCGUACCUUUGGGAGGAUGAAAUACGUUCGCUGGAAAAUAAUAUAUCUACCGAUUCUUCGGCGAUAUUGAAAGUCAGACCGCACGCAACAACGUCGUCGUCAGUACGAUCAUUUACCCCCACAAAGGUAAAAACGGAGGAGAUCGACGAACCAGCACCGGCGUCACCGCCACCUUCGCCACGUCGAAGGAUGGAGACUCGCGCAACAUCGACGAUAACCUCGUCCACGGCCAAGUCUUCCGUAACAUCGUCUCGAAGAUCGGAGAGAAAGAGGGUAGCGACCACUAAAAGCAAAGAGAGAAAGAGAGUCGCUGUCACCAGUACAACAAAGACGAAGGAUAAGAACGGGAUGAAAAGAUAUUACGAAGAUAGCGAUUCCGACGAGGAUGUCGCCCUCGUUCAAUAUAGGGAGUGCCGUGAGAAAAACAAUGAGGCUUCGCGAAGAUCACGGAUGAACAAGAAAGCUAAGGAAUCGGAAAUGACCAGGAGAGCGACCGAUCUGGAAAGGGACAACAAAAUAUUGAAGAUGAAGGUCGAGGAGCUGGAGAAGCUGGUCACGUCGAUGCGUAACGCGUUAUUACAAUCUGCUUUAAAGAAAGAAUUUUAAGUACGCGUUAUUUAAUAUCUAGACGUUCUCACGACCUGUUGCGCAUAAUCUAAUUAAUCACGUUUGUUACGUCUUUCCAUUAUGUCAUGCAUGCGCCAUUAUUAUGCGAUGUUUUUUACCACACACGAAAGAGCUGUAUGAAUUUUAACGUUGAACUUAUUUGCCUUAAUUGUCUUAAUGUGAGGUUGUAAAAGUGUUCUUGAAAGCUUAUUAUUAUCGUUAUUUUGAUGUUAUUUUAUUGAGAGACGUUUCUUUUUAUUUAUCCCGCUUCAGUAUAUAUUCUAUAUACCGUUACACAAUUUAAUUGUCCCGACUAAACUAAUCGCGAACUAGCGAUAGACUAAUUGUACGCUGCUGCAAAGCGUUGAAAAUAUUUUUUUUAAAUGUUAUCACAAUGCGACAUUUAGCUUACUGUAUGUCGGUACGCUGAAAUAUAUUAAAUAAAUAUUUAUUUUGUUAUAACAAAUGAGAGAAAGAGAGAGAUAGAAACACCGGAGUUAGAAUUAUGUAUUUUACGUAAUAAACGCACGCACACGCGCGCGCGCGCGCGCACACACACACACACACACACACACACACGUAUACUGUACUUGUAAGUUACUUUGUGUAUAAGCACUACACGAACGAAGAGCAGGCAUAUGAGUUUAAAUGAUAAUACUAUUAUCCAAAAGAUUUUAAUCCGAACAAAAUCACAUGAUCAUAUUUUGUUCAGCCUUAUAUUGUACCUGAAAAAGAAGAGAAGAAGAGCAUAUAGAAUCCUAUUGCAGAGAGAAGCAUGUAUAAUUGGUGAUACACACGGUUUUCUACUACUUGGUGUGGACUCAACGAUGCUGAGUAAACGAUACAUUGUAACAAGUAAAAUCCAAUAAAAUUCUUUAUUUUGAAAAAUCAACCCUAGAUUCGCACGUCAUUCCGCGUGCGCACUGCAAAUAGCGACGAGUAAAAAUAACAAUGGCGUCCUUUAUGACUCAUUAUUUUUCUGUUUUCUUUUGCACGCUAUGUCUAUUGACGAAGCCAGCCCUAUGUCAAUUUACGUUAAGAGCUACGGCACGCGAGAUAUUUCCGUAGAUUAUUCGCUGAGGACAAUUAAUAAAAUAUAUAUAUACAAUAUGAUCGCCGAGAUAUAUGCAUAUAUGGCGAUAUGUGGAUAAAAUGCCGCGACGCGACGAGGUGUCGCGAGAUAAUUAUAAAAUCGAUAGCCAUGUAUGUGAAACGGUAGCAAAUAAAUUACCGCUCUGACAGAAAUUUAAUACUGAUAGUGAUUAAUUACUUAUUUUGAAUAUUAAAAGGACCGUUAUUCACUGGUUUUACACACAUAAAAAUG